AUGGGCUGGACGAGCUUCGCGUGGCUCAAUCCGCUGUCGUGGCUCACCGCCGCCUAUGUAAAGAAGGAGUCGGCGGCGAGGCGCGCGGUGGAGGCAGAGGCUGCCGCCGCUGCCCGGCCCGACCCCGCUGGGGCAGCCCUGCUUGCACCCCAGGCCCUUGCCGAGCUGCCAGCAUGCGUGCGCCGCAACUUGGAGCGCGUAGGGGCCAGCGCCGAUGACUUCACGCUGGUGACGGCCCAGCAGUCGGGAGAGUUCCGGCACGGCAAGAACUUGCCGUGGAGAGCUCUGGCCGCCACCCAGGUGGUCAGCCCCCGUGUGCCCGCCUUCUUCUGGGCCGCGCGCUGCGGCUUCUUGCCGCUGAUGGGGCUCAGGGGGUUUGACUGCCGCGCGGGCGGCAAGGGCAGCGUGGACUGGCGCUUCUGGGGCUGGCUGCCCGCGCUGUCGGGCGCGGGGCCGCUCACCGACCGCGCCAUGCUGGUGCGGUGGCUGGCAGAGGCGCCUGGCUAUCCGCAGGCGCUGCUGCCCAGCCCCCUGCUGCGCUGGGAGGCGGUGCCCGGCUGCGACGACAAGGCACGGGCCGUGCUGACCCACCGCGGCACCACCGUGAGCGGCAUCUUCACUUUCGAUGAGGCGGGCCUGGUGGCCAGCUUCCGCUCUGACGACUAUGUGCGGCCCCUGCCCCGCGGCGAGACCGAGCGCCGCACCUGGAUCGUGCGCUACAGCGGGCACAAGGCGGUGCCGGUGGCGGGCGCGCUGGGCCGCGGCAAGCUGGUACCGACAGAAUAUGCCGCCUACCGGGUGGAGCCGGGCAGCGGCGAGGAGUACUGCUACGUGACCUUCCGCUUCGACAGCGUGGCGGCACAGUAG